AUGGGUCGCGGCGGUUUUAACAAGAAAAACCGCGGAGGCGGACGCGGCGGCGGCCGGUCCAACGAGCGCUACAACAAAUCGUACCCGGACCUGGUCAAGGACAACGAGAAGCUGCAAACAUACUACAACAGCCUGCUGCGCCUCGACGACGACGAGACGGAGCGCGAGGCCUUUUGGGGGGCGUUCCGCCGGGAGCUGCCCCACAGCUUCCGGUUCUGCGGCUCCAAGGGCCACGCCCAGUCCGUGCAGAAGCUGCUGCAGACGCGCUACAUUCCCGAGAUCGCCCAGAUCGGCGAGUACGACGGCCAGCCCGUGAGCCCGCCCCAGGCCGUGCCCUGGUACCCGGACAACCUGGCCUGGUGGAUGACGACGUCCAAGACGGUGAUUCGCAAGUUCCCGCCGUUUGCGGCGUUCCAAAAGUUUCUGGUGUCGGAGACGACGGUCGGCAACAUUAGCCGCCAGGAGGUGGUCAGCAUGAUUCCGCCGCUGCUGAUGGACGUGCGCCCGGGCAUGGCCGUGCUGGACCUGUGCGCCGCGCCGGGCAGCAAGGCUGCGCAGCUUCUCGAGAUGGUACACCAGGGCGAGGAGGCGCGCGUGCGCAAGGUGAUGCGGUCCAUUGAAAAGACGCUGGCGGGCGACAACGGCGUCGUGGCCGAGACCAUUGCGGAGGUUGAGGAGGAUGCAGAGGGCAACGACGACGAGGACCAGGACCAGGAUCCGAACCAGGACCCGAACCAGGACCCGACGACGAAGCUGUCGGCCGACCCCGGCGACGACGGCCGCGCGACGGGCGUUCUCGUGGCCAACGACGCCGACUACAAACGCAGCCACCUGCUGGUCCACCAGCUCAAGCGCCUGUCGUCGCCCAACAUUAUCGUGACGAACCACGACGCCACCAUCUACCCGUCGCUACGCCUGCCGCCGCUGCCCAGCGAGGCCGGCGCCAAGCAGCCGCCCCAGCAGCGCUACCUCAAGUUCGACCGCAUCCUGGCGGACGUGCCCUGCUCGGGCGAUGGCACCCUGCGCAAGAACGUCAACAUGUGGAAGGAGUGGAACCCGGGCAAUGCGCUGGGCCUGCACCUCGUGCAGGUGCGCAUCCUCGUGCGCGCGCUGCAGAUGCUCAAGGCGGGCGGCCGCGUCGUCUACUCGACGUGCAGUCUGAACCCCGUCGAGAACGAGUCGGUCGUCGCGUCGGCCAUUGCGCUGUGCGGCGGGUCCGACAAGGUCGAGAUCCUCGACAGCAGCGACCGGCUGCCGCUCCUGCAGCGGCGGCCGGGCCUCAAGGCGUGGGACGUUAUGGACAAGUCGGGCCGCCAGUGGCGCAACUGGGAGGAGGUUGAGGCGUUUAUGGCGACCGAGGAGAGCGGUGGUAUCCCGCCGAGCCGCCUGGUGCCGACCAUGUUCGCCAACGAGGCGUCCGACAAGCUGCCGCUUGAGCGCUGCCUGCGCGUGUACCCGCACCUGCAGGACACGGGCGGUUUCUUUAUCGUGGUGCUACAGAAGAAGGCCGAGUUCAAGGCCAAACCGGUGCCGAACGGCCCGGCCGUGCCUAAGAAGCAGCAGCAGCAGCAACAGCAAAACCACAAGGCCAAGGCACCGCCUCCCGCUUUUGACGACGCCACGCCGGCCGCCGAGACCGAGAACGGCGACAGCAAUGGCGCUGGCGUCAAGCGUGUUGCCGAGGACGAUGUGGCCAGCGUGGACAGCCAGCCUGUGAAGAAGCAGAAGCAGGACGGCGAGGACGCGGAGACUGGGACGGAGACGGAGACGAAACCCGAGGCCAAGGAGGAGGCGGCAGAGGCUACCAACGGCAACGCCCAACCAGCGGCUGAGGCUGUCGAGGCCGUUGACGAGUCUGCUGCCGCCCCUGUGGUGGCCGGGAGCGAUCCCCUGCGCGAAGCGCCGCGCCCCAAAAACGGCCCGCAUUACGAGGAGCCGUUCAAGUACCUGGCGGCCGACCACCCCGUGGUCAAGGACAUCCAGGCCUUCUACCACCUGUCGCCGCGCUUCCCCUCGGACCGCUUCAUGGUCCGCAACGCCUUUGGCGAGCCGGCCAAGGCCAUUUACUACACGAGCGGCCUCGUGCGCGACAUUCUGGUGGCCAACACGGCCGGCGGCGACGGCGGCGGCGGCGGCGGCACCAAUGUCAAGUUUGUGCACGGCGGUGUGCGCAUGUUUGUCAAGCAGGAGUCGCCGUCGGCCGAGGUGUGUCGGUGGCGCAUCCAGGCCGAGGGCCUGCCGCUGCUGUCGGGCUACGUGGGCGAGGCGCGCGUGGUGAAGCUGCACAAGAAGGCGACGCUCAAGGCGCUGCUGGUCGAGAUGUUCCCCAAGUUUGUCGACGGCGAGUGGACCAAGCUGGGCGAGGUGGGCGAGCGGCUGCCGGACCUGGGCAUGGGCUGCUUUGUGCUCAAGGUGGAGCCGCGGCCGGAGGAUGCCGAGGCGGAGGCGCUGGUGGGCGACGUGCCGCUAGAGCCCAUGGCGCUACCGCUAUGGAAGAGCUUCCACUCGCUGAACCUGAUGCUGCCCAAGGAGGACCGGGCCGCCAUGCUGCUGCGCAUCUUCAACGACACGACGCCGCUCGUCAACAACUCACUCAAGGAGAAGAACAACAACGCGAAGACGGCCGAGGCGGCGGCUCCCGCUUCAGCUCCUGCUCCUCCUCCUGGUCCUGGUCCUUCUGGCGAGGAUGCCACAAUGACCGAUGCUGCUGCCGCUGCGCCGGCCGAGGCGGCCAACGGCGAGGACGCUGAGAUCAACGCAUACGAUGCCGAAGACGCCCCAUCUUCGUAG